AUAACUCUAAAUGCCUAUAAUAAAACAAUCAAUAAUCCUAUAACCGCGAUUUUGCAAUUGUGUUAUAAGUCAAAUGUUGUUAUUUGGGAACGAGAGAAUGAGUUGGAAAUUGAAGAAAUAAGAGUUCGAGUUGUAUUGUCGAGAUUUAAAUAUUUCCCUUCGGACCAAGAU